AUGCAUUUGGUUUGUUGGUCUCCAAUGGGAAUUUCUAGGGAAGGCGUCAAAUCGAUCAGCGAGGAGGAUCUGCUGAGAUGCGGCACCGCGAGCAGAAGAGACUACUUGAGCGACGACAUGUCGACAAAUGGCCCGGAAUUGACGGUUAGGCGCCCAGUCUACCAGCAGGACGAGCUUAACCACUUGUACAAAUACGUGAAGCCCAAGAGGAUCCUUAGUAAGGAGGUGUCAAGGAGAUGCAGGAGAAUCAGGCCGAUCUCGCUUUUGAAGAAGUCCAUACCUCUAAUCGACUGGAUCUCUUUGUACGACUGGAGGAGCAAUAUCUUGGGAGAUGUUGUUGCCGGCAUUACCGUGGCUGUGAUGCAUAUUCCUCAAGGUAUGGCGUAUGCGAUUUUGGGCAAUGUACCGCCGAUUGUCGGUAUGUACAUGGCUUUCUUCCCGGUGUUGGUGUAUUUCUUGUUCGGCACGUCCAGACAUAACUCAAUGGGCACGUUCGCGCUCGUGUGUAUGAUGACCGGAAAAGUAGUUACCACAUACAGUUCUGCAGCGGUUCCGAUAAAUAACACGAUAGUUGGGAAUGGUACUUUAAUUUCCAACAUAAGCCAUCAAUAUUCACCGAUAGAUGUUGCGACCGCAGUCACAUUCACGGUUGCCGCCAUACAGUUAGGAAUGUACGUGCUGCGUUUGGGCGUGAUCUCGUCUCUCCUCGCAGACAGCCUCGUAAGCGGAUUCACGACUGCAGCGGCGAUACAUGUAUUUACAUCGCAAAUAAAGGACCUCCUUGGGCUGAACAAACUGCUGCGGCGCGGAGGUGCAUUCAAGCUCAUUCUCACUUAUGUAGACGUUUUUAACAAUUUGGACAGUGCCAAUAUAACCGCCGUAAUAUUGUCCGGUAUCACUAUCUUAGUACUUAUUUUCAACAAUGAGAUUCUCAAGCCGAAGAUAGCAAAGCUGUGUUCCUUUCCGGUACCGAUAGAAAUGCUUGCGGUAAUAAUCGGUACUUUAGUAUCGAUGCAAAUGAAUCUUGCGGAUACGUACAACGUGCUAACGGUCGGCGACAUACCAGUGGGAUUGCCAGUUCCGUCGUUGCCGCCGUUAUCUCUUAUACCCGACAUUCUGGUAGACGGUUUCGUAAUUACCAUGGUCGCUUAUACAAUAUCGAUGUCGAUGGCAUUGAUUUUCGCGCAGAAGAUGGGCUACGAGGUCGAUUCAAAUCAGGAAUUGCUGGCGCAGGGCCUAGGAAACCUAGUGGGCUCCUUCUUCUCUUGUAUGCCCAUCACGGCUUCUUUAUCUAGGUCGUUGAUUCAGCAAACUGUGGGCGGACACACGCAGCUAGCGAGUUUGAUAUCGUGUGGAAUCUUGGUUAGCGUAUUAUUGUGGAUCGGUCCAUUCUUUCAACCUUUACCGCGGUGUGUUCUAGCGAGUAUAAUCGUGGUUGCGCUGAAAGGGAUGCUGAUGAAGGUUACCGACUUCAUGAAAUUCUGGAAAUUAGAUAAAACAGACGCCGGAAUUUGGGUCGUCACUUUUGUAACCGUAAUACUCUUCGACGUGGAAUACGGAUUACUGGUCGGCGUGCUUUUCUGUAUAGGAAGGUUACUCGUUCUGGCAGUGCGACCUUAUACAUGCAAACUCGCUCUUGUACCCGACACCGAGCUUUACUUGGACGCCAAAAGAUACAAAGGGACAAUAGAGAUUCCUGGCAUUAAGAUUUUCCGCUAUUCUGGCAGCUUAAAUUUUGCGUGUAGACAAUACUUUCGCGAGGAAAUAUAUAAGAUUGCGGAGUUAGUGCCUCAGAAAGAACUACACAGACGACUGAAAGCCGUGAGCACUGGUUCCACUGAAGUGGAAGAAAUUAAAAAGCUACGCGUCCUCAUAUUGGACUUCACUGCAUUGUCGCACGUCGACCUGGCAGGAGCGAAUGCAAUGCGAAGUAUUGUCGAGGAAUAUUGCAGCAUCGAAGUAUCUGUUUACAUAGCAGGUUGUUCCGGUCCCGUGUACGAGACAAUGAGAAAAUGCAAUCUAACCCACGAGUACAAUGACAGCCCUUUCUUCGCUAUGUUUCCCACCGUAGCCGACGCGGUGCAUUUCGCGCGAUCUCAUAGCGAAGUGCCGUCGACACCUACUGCAUGGAGCACUCGCGUCUACGACGAAAACUGUAUUAGCAGACUAUGAGCAUUGCGAAAAUGUUGGUAAAAUAGCAUUUUUUGCGUGCAACUGAACUGCGUUUUGUCGAACGUAUCGUCGCACAAUGGACUGAAAUAUUAAAACCAGCGAACGUUAAGUAAAAAAUAAAAUCGUGAUGUUUUUAGAAAAAUGUAGAAAAUCGAAGCCCUCUGAAUCGAUAUUUUUAUCGAUAUUCCUUGGUUAUUAUUACUCAAUAAUUUCAUAAUUCUAAAAUUGCUGAAAUGAAUAUUGGUUUAUGUUGCGAUGGUUCAUUAAAGUUCUUAUCUACAAAUAUAAUCAUAGCCGAUUAUACAUAUGUUCAACUCAUUGACAAGCGACCACGGUUAGAGAUAAGAGGCGAAUAAUCAUGUAGACCAACAUAGGUAAAUUAGCAGUCUUGAAAUUGUUGAUAUUCAGGUAAUUAAA